CGCUUGUAGUUGACUUUACACGUUUUUGUUUGUUCUUGAUAGCUGGCGUUUAAAGUUGGUUUUUAAUUAAGUUAUAAAAGAGUUCCUGUGGUUGGCUUCAGAUCUGGGGACAGAUAUUUUUUUUAAUAAACUUUUAUUCUUAAAGCCAUCUGAGCGAAAGUGAUUAUUCCUGCAAUUUGCUGACUUUAUAGUCACGGAGGAUGUUUCACGAGAAUGGGAUGACUUACCACUGAUUCUGUGACCAACUGUAUUUCUUCAGUAAUGCCCUGUAUGGAAAUCUCCUAAACUACACAUAGCAGCAUCUACAUUCGCUGCUGCUGUGGUCACAUCGGCAAAAUCAUGAUUGUUUGUACAGCCAUCAAAAAGGUUUCGCGAAAGUGCAAAUAUGCUGUUCUGAUUGGUCUCUUGUUGUCAGUCCUGGCUUGGAAGGCCAGCUUUACUGGGGACACUAACAGGACCAUUGAUGAUAACUUUGCUACAACACAAACUCCUGUAAAAGAAGACAAACAGAGGGAUGAACUUAACUCAAGGAUCGCAGAAGCCAGUCACACAAAUAUUUCAGCAGAAAAAGAUGAGUGUCCAGAGAAGUCUCCAUUGCUAGUGGGAGCUUCGAAGCUGACCUUUGAAUCUUCACUGAACCUCAAGGAUGUAGAAAAGGAAAACAAAGUAGUGACUAAAGGAGAGUAUGAGCCGUCAGACUGUAAAGCAAGGCACAGUGUAGCCAUCCUCAUUCCACAUCGUAACCGGGAGAGACACCUCCUCUACCUCCUGCACCACCUGCACCCCUUUCUGCAGCGGCAGCAGCUUCACUACGCCAUCUAUGUCAUCCACCAGGCGGGUGAUGCAACUUUUAACAGAGCCAAGUUACUUAAUGUUGGAUAUUUGGAGGCAAUAAAAGACUUUAGCUGGGAAUGCUUCAUCUUCCACGAUGUGGACCUGGUUCCUGAGAAUGAUCACAAUUUAUACAUCUGUGACCAGCAGCCCAGACACCUGGUAGUCGGCCGCAAUGUCACCGGAUACAAACUCCGUUACAAAGGCUACUUUGGUGGAGUCACUGCCAUGACCAAAGACCAGUUUUUUCAAGUAAAUGGUUUCUCAAACAACUACUGGGGAUGGGGUGGAGAAGAUGAUGACCUUAGAGUGAGAGUUGAACAGCAAAAAAUGAAAAUUGUACGUCCCCCUGCUAACGUAGCGCGCUAUACCAUGGUGUUUCACAAACGAGACUCUGGAAAUCAGGUUAACAAAAACAGGAUGAGGUUAUUAGGACAAACGACAAAGAUGUGGAGAGUUGAUGGACUCAACAGCUGCGUAUAUGACACUUUAUCGGUCGGGAGGUAUCCUCUCUAUGUGAAUAUCACAGUUAACAUUGGUCAGCCUCAGAGCUGAGGACUCUGAAAGAAAACAAGUCCUUAUCCUGAUAUCAUUAACAGUUCGGGCCACAUCAAGAUCCUGAAUUUCCUCAAAGGGCCGGAUGUGGCAGAAUUUAUUAAUAGAACUACCUAUUAACAAAACAGUUUAAAUAAUGUGGCUUGACAUGAUGCCAAGGCACAUUGCGACCGCCAAUAGGUCAGUUGCUGACAAGCCCACUGGAUGUAGGGUAAUGUCAAAAAUUAAUUCAUAUUCAACAAUUCUUCACAUUGAUGUACUUUGGCACUAAAAACUAAUUUGGUUUGACUGGUAAAAUAAUACUUAAGCACACAACCAGUAUCUUGAAGUUGUAUUUAUGUCGCCCUAUAGAGACAUGAGAGCCACAUAAACAGAUGUGGCGGGCCAGAUUUGGCCCCCGGGCCUUGAGUUUGACACCCAUUAUUUUCUAUGAGGUCGAGACCACUGUGUGCUGAAAGGUUAUUAGAUAACUGACAAACUAAAUUCUCUUUGAUGAGAUGAUAUUCCAGUUAUUUAGCACAGUUUUGCAUAUCCAUGUUUUAUUUCUUUAUGUUGUUAGGAAUGUAAUCUUCAAUCACUGAAUUGUUAACUUCAGCUGUCAUUCCAGUAGUUUUUUAAUAUUUUUAUACCAUUGUUACCUGUCAGACGCUGAUUAAUUCACACUCAUGCCUUAUUAUUUGCCUGUCUCUCCACCACUUCAUACUGACCAGGUCCUUGUUUUGGCACCUGAGAAGCAAUGAUUGGUUGUUGUAUGACUUAACAAAGUCAUAAUCUGUUGAUCUUGUAAUGUGAUGCUGAAUAGGUUCCAGGAUGCAGGUUUUCUUAGAGAGAGAGAUUACAUAGUGAGGCCAGCAGAGGUAAACAUUGCCUAACAAUGUCUUAAGAAGGAGGAAUUUAUACUAUUAAUUUUUUGCACAUGAAGUACCUCAAAUGUAAGCGGAUCGUUUGCAGUGCUAAGCAAAGGUAAGAAUACCUUUGAAUCUUUUCUUUAAUUUUCUCAAGUGAUGAGCACAAAGUUGAAAGAUUUUUGGGAGGAUUUUUUUGUGAUGGAACAACACAAAAUCAUGCAUUAUUCAGAAGUGGAAUGAUUGGCAAACUAUUUUGCAAAUUGUGUAAUAACAUUUAUAUUCCCUGCAUAAUUUCUUGGUCAAACAACACUUUUGCUGAGAUUGGAGCUUAAAGAUUUCCUGUCUCUGCUCUACAGAAAAUGUUAUUUUUUUAAUGUAAAAUAGUUGCAGUUCACUCAGGUUGGAUGGAGAGAGUUUGUGAACAUCAAUUAUGAAGUAUUGCCACAGAUUCUCAAUUGGCAACCCAAAUGUGUUUAUAGCUGCAUAUUUAUUGGGUCGUUCUUCUGCUGGAAGCAAAUUCUCCAUCCCAGACUCAAGCCUUUUGUAGCUUAAUACAUUUUCCUUUCACUUGCCAUGUAUUUAGCUCCUCCCACCUUCCUAUCAACGCUGUGUUGAAGAAAGGCAUUCCUAGAACAUGAUAUGCCUUCAAGCAGUUUUCAGUAUAGGAACGGUGUGACCAGUCCAACUCCAGUCCUCAAGGGCCAAUGUCCUACAUAAAUCACAUUCUGCAGAAGCUUUGCUAAUGACCCAUCAACUUGAUCCAAGUGUGUUAGACAGUGCUUUGUGAGAUGUCCAACGCUUGGUCGUUUUUUUAUAACCUCAUCAUGAUUUAAAAGUAUCCAGAGCUUUAGCCCUGGUCUUCAUGCUGCUGUUUGUUCACUGAUGUUCUUUAGCAAACCUCUGUGUCUUUCACAGAACAGCUGAAUAAAAACUGAUAACUAAUCAGAGACUAGUUUUAAUUAGGAGACUUGUAAAGAUAUUUGGUUGCACUAGAUUUAAAUUUGCAGAAUCUAUACGCAUGGCAUACUCUUAUGAUACUUUAAGAUAGUAUAUAAAAGCAUGCAUAUUUUCCUUUCACUUUUUAAUAAUGCUGUACUCUGAUUUUGUCCCACAUAAAAUCCCAAUAAAAUACAUUUUAUUAUAACACAAUAGUUUAUAUUACUAUAAGGGCAUCAAUACCUUUGCAAGGCCCUGUGUCUGAAAGCUUUUCAAUUCCAGACUGAUCACAUCAUAUCUCCAGCAGAAUCAGUUUAUAUUGCUGAUGAAUCACUAUUUAGUUUUAUUGGAAAUAGUACAGGUCUGAGGAAACCCAUUAGGUUGUUCAGAGCCCAUCCAACUGAUGAAGAUCCAACUAUGAUCACCUUGGUUACACAUGAAGGAUUCAGAUUUGUAUCAGUUUAACAGCAAAUGACAAACAAAACCUCUUCUUCCAAGAUGGAGAAAACAAACAUAUGCUACAAAUACAGUAAUAUCAAUAUACUAUGGUUAGUAUGAAGUCAGAAAUGCAGUUAUACCUGGUAUGAUGGUUUUAAGUGAUAGACUUGUUCCUUUUUCAAGGUAGUCUCAUACUGACACUGAUGUUUUUUACUUUGAAAUUUUGUCUCAUACUUAUGGUAUAAUUUAAGGUUACAAUGACAUUGUAAGUUUUAUCACUCCAAAGUCAUUUUUAGUUAUAUUUAUACUUCUCUUGCAUUAGUAAAAUAAAUCUGCUUUAGUAACUUAAGUGAUAAUUACAAUCAUAGGAAGUUUCUAUAAGAAGCAAGUUUAAUGAGCCAAAAUAAUUUUCUUUGUAAAACUAUUAUUUUCUUUGUUAUUUUAAAGCCUUAUAUGGUUUGUUUCAUGUGGGACUUACUAAUAGGUGAUGGAUUGUAUACCACUUUUAACUUUUAAAGAAAAUCAACAUUAUAGAAAAUUGCUGAAGGAAAAUCAGCAUAUUUCCUUCUAUUGUAGCAUGUUUCUGACAUAUAUCAAAUUAUUUGGAUGAUUUUUUUAUUAUUAUUUUUAUAUCAUUUUAGAACAUGGGGUGCUUUCAAAUUCUUUUUUCGAAACUGAAAAGUGUGCACUGUCACCGUUGACAUUUCACUCCUUAUAUGUUUUUGUGUCAGAGUCAUGUGUCAGAAUCGCCAAAGGUUGCUUCUCAUUAAGGAAGCAUUUAUGUAUGAGAAACAAUUUUGCACACCUCAUUAAUUGGCAGUAUACUGUAGUACUAGUGCAACAUAUUUUAAACACUAUAUGUGUUUUUUUUAUCUCUCCUUAAUGAAUGACAUUAUUUUUGGGGUGGUAGAAUGAGUGUGUAGACCGGUAAAGAAAAGCAUUUAGUUUUAAAACAACUUAGCUGACAUUUUAAAGUUUAAAACAAUGCUAUUUGAACUCUUGAAGAAUAUCACUUGACCAAUUUUAUUUUCAAAGCUUUUUUGGGUGGAUGUGUCAAAAAUGAGGUUGUUUUGUUGAGCCUUUUUGUUUUUGUAUCUUUAGGUUUUUACAAGCUUAUAAUAAAAAUAGUUUCUCUAAUUGAUUCUACUGAUGUUUUUUGUUGUUGGUGCUUUAUUAAAGAGUUCUAAAACUGG